UCACCGUUCAAUUCCAAAAUUAGUAAAUAAAGAUGGUGGCAAAGUUUAAGCUGUGUGCCAUAUCGUCGCUCCGAAAAUGUCUGGUAAAAUGAGGUGGAAACGGAAAACUCCGAUGAUUUCUGAACACGAUUUGAAGGGAAUAGAGACCUAGUGUCGGGGGGGAAUCAAACGGACUGUACCGGCGGUGUAUAUAGUGUUAUUUUCAACAUUUUCCCAAGAACGGAGCGGAUCAGGAGGCAAACGCAAAAGAGGAUAAUUUCGCUCCAGAGUUCACAGUAAGAUAAAAUAUCAAGAUGGUUGUCGGAGAAGCAAGCAUUCACAAUAUUAUGGGUGGUAUGGAGAGCACCGGUGGCGUGCGACUCCAUAAUCACAAACGGAAAUUAAAGCAGAGAUUCGACAUAAUCAAGAAACUCGGCCAGGGCACCUAUGGUAAAGUUCAACUAGGAAUAAAUAAGGAAACUGGUCAAGAGGUGGCGAUAAAAACAAUAAAAAAAUGCAAAAUCGAAACAGAAGCUGAUCUUAUCAGGAUACGAAGAGAGAUUCAGAUUAUGUCGAGUGUACAGCAUCCAAAUAUUAUACACAUUUAUGAAGUUUUCGAGAACAGAGAAAAAAUGGUGCUUGUUAUGGAAUAUGCUGCUGGUGGGGAACUCUAUGAUUAUUUGAGCGAACGCAAGGUCCUGUCUGAACAAGAGGCUCGACGGAUAUUCCGUCAGAUUUCCACGGCAGUGUUUUAUUGUCACAAACACAAAAUCUGUCACAGAGAUCUAAAGCUCGAGAAUAUCCUUCUCGAUCAGAUCGGAAAUGCAAAGAUUGCCGAUUUUGGUCUUUCGAAUGUCUUCGACGAGCAGAGAUUGCUCAGUACCUUUUGCGGCAGUCCUUUGUACGCAAGCCCCGAGAUAGUUAAAGGAACUCCCUAUCAUGGUCCUGAAGUUGAUUGUUGGAGUUUAGGCGUGCUGUUGUACACAUUAGUUUACGGUGCCAUGCCAUUUGACGGUUCGAACUUUAAAAGACUAGUCAAACAGAUCUCUCAGUCUGAUUACUUUGAGCCUAAAAAGCCAUCCCCUGCAUCGCCUCUUAUAAAAGAGAUGCUCACAGUCUGCCCGACGAGACGAGCAGAUAUUGAAAAAAUUUGUGCUCAUUGGUGGGUGAACGAGGACUAUGAGCAAAGCUGUUUAGAUAUUGCUGAAGAUCUUGCUGCUCAGACACCCGUCCGAUUGGAUCUUCUUCUGUCACUGGUUCCGCAAUCGGCCAGUGCUGAGAAACUAGUUGUGGGUGAUCAGCAAGCUGGCGGUGAUGUAGCGAAUAAUAUGUCUUCAGAAACUUUGGUGCCAACUCGGUGCCAUUCAGUUGGUAGCUUAAUGGAAUUGGAUCAAAACAAUUCCGAUAGAAGAAUAAGGGAGCAGAUAUAUGACGACGAGUCAUGGUCCUCCGCAGCUGGCGAUUCCAAGAGGAAGCUAGAAACGACACCCUCGAUGGAUGAAACUAUAGCAGCUGGUGUUAAGAGGAAGGAACGCUCGAGAAGAAAAGAACGGUCUGAUGAAAGAGAACCUAGACCUUACAGAUCAGCCUCCAGACAUCACUCCGCUCCUAUACCAAAUCCUAUUACUGAAGAACCCAUGGAAGUGGAUCCAAGUAUUCAACUUGAUUCUGAGACUGCUGACCUUAACAAAGCAGAAAAAAGUGCAGCUUGUUUGGAAUUGAUUGAGGAGACGAAGGAAAAGUCUCCAAGUAAAGAAAGGAGUAAAACUCCUGUGGCGCCUGAACAGGCUAAGGAUGAUUCAUCGGUGACUGUACCCCAAGAAACCGUAGAAGAUUCUAAAAGCGAAAAACAAAAAGAAAUUACACUAUCUACAAAUAAAUCACGCGAUAAAUCUCCAAAAUCAGCCACUAAGGAAUCUCCAGAAAAGACCCUCAAAGCCGUGGAGAAGAAAAAAGUCUUGAAGAAGAAGAACGCCGAUGCGUCUGAGAAUCAGGAUAGCAAUGACGUGUCGGUAGAGAAUGUGCCAAACAAGGAUGAAAUCCCAUCGCAUACAAAAGAUGAAUCCAAUAAUCAAGUUCCUAUUUCAAAAGAUACCGAAAAGUCAGAGACUAGUGUUCAAAAUGAAAAGAAGAGUGUUAAGAAACUCAAAGAUAAAGCCUUGUCCCUUGAUUCGGAAUUAUCCAGUGAAUCCUCGGAAGCGCAAUUGAAGCCAGUGGAGCGAAGGCGUUCAAAGAUCUUCGAAACUGCAGAGAAGUUUAAUCAGCUCGCGUCAGGCGUCGAGAAUGAUAAACCUAAAAAGAUUUUCAUACCUGGAGUUAACGUUGGUGGUGCUAAACGUGCUUUUGAACGUAAAGCUAGCCAAUCGUCGGUGACUGUACCACAAACUAUGAAACCUUGUGCAUCUAAAGUGAUUAUAGAAGUGCCAACAGAUAGAAAAGAUGAAAAGGUCGAAGAGAAAAUUGAUGAAACAAGCACUAGCGAUAGCACGAGUAAAGAAGAGAAAAAUAAACGGGAUGAGGAGAAGAAACGUGCAGUUGACAUUAUAACAGGAGCCAUUGGAAAGCCGCCAAUGCAGAAAAAAGCAAAUGGUUCUCCGCCAAUAUCACCACAAAAUAGUGAAUCGAAAAAACUUGGCUUGAAACUACAGGUCGGACCGAAUGACGUUAGAACAGCCACUGUGUCAGUUUCCACGCCAGUGGAAACCAAGUUCCCGUUCGAAUCAAAACCUGUUUUACAUGCAGAAGCGGUGCCUGAUACGUCUGAGUCAUCCAGUAGCAAUUCUAUAUCAGACGGUGGCAAGAAGUCGAGUAAAAUGGAGAUAACAUUAAAGAGUGCCACACUACCAAGACCUAGGAAAACUAGCAAGGCGGAGAUCAUAUUAUCGGGUGUCAAAUCUCCCGAGAAUACAGCAUUCAAAUCCGAAGUGGAGGCUAAGAUUGACGCGUUCCAUCCUCAGAAAUUAAGGACGCAGAGAUCGGAAGUUGCUUUCCCCGUAGCAGCAGCUGUCCCGCAAGCCAACAGAAGUUCCAGUCUGGAACCGGAAGGCAAACCGAAAAUGGUACCAAAAGAAAGGAUCAUCCCCAUACAAGUACGCAGGGAGAACUUUGUGGAAUCCAGUCAUCAACAGUCUGUACACUCAUCAACACCCCCGCCAAAACCACCAAUGCCCCAGCGGUCCAUGUCACAACGUUCAGGGUCUCUGUCUCGUCAAUCCACAGCAGAUUCAGAUACAGACAGCGCUCUGGGCUCUACUGCAGGACCUGAACCUAUUCGCAAGAGUCCUCGCGAAUACAUAAUUCCCAUUGCCGUUGAGGGCGGAGGUUACGUCACACCAAGAUCUGGCAGUGUUGAACCAGAGAGUAAGACCAGUACACCUACCAGCACCAGUGCGCCAAGAUCCAGAUUCGGAAGACCUAGAAGAAUGAGUUCUCUUCUGUCAGAUGCCAGCGAGGACGAGUCUCCAUUCUCUACAUUGCAUAGGGACAGCGAUGACCUUCUUCAAAGGCAUAUGCACCGCUUGAGAAGUUCUCGACCGACCAGACAACCACCAGAACACGCAGAUAGCCUGUCCUCUGGUGAGGAUGACGAUGAUGAUGGAUUCGAAUUGCUCACCGCGGAGAACCUCUUCUCCACUUUACUAUCUCGUGUGAGAAGUCUCACGCAAAGGUUGAACGUAGAUGAUAACAGAGGAAGUGGUUUUCCCAGUAGUCGACUAUUAGGAAGAUUGGGGUCGAAUUCCCCACAAGGAUUCUGGGGCAUUCACGAACCAUUGUCCAGCUACCAAAGCUACACCGAAACGCAGACUAUAACAACGCGACUGUCAGAAUCACAGUUCAGGCGAUCUUUGAGUCGUGACACGGAUAGAUUCGGUCGAAAGGAUUCGGUGGGAUCUACCAAUCCUGGAACACCUAACAGUCCUGGAGCACGUAGCACACCAUCUCGCGACAGCAUCUUCGACAUGGGAAGCAAUACUCUGCCUCGAGAGAAGGGCCAGCAGAGCGAAGCCCCCGAGGCGGAGAGUGCCCAGAUGCGAAAACAGGCCCAGGAAUCCCUAGAGCAGAAUUUCACGCCGAGCUUGGCACGCAGAUUGAGCAGACAAUUCAUCGAGCAGACAAGACAAUCGUUACCCAGGUCACCGUCGAUACCACGUGACAAAAGUUACGCGUCGUCCGUACAGCCAGCCCCAAGUUUCACGGGGGGUAACGAGGUCGACAGUCAACAGGUUAAUUUGCCCACGCCCGAAGACGCCGAGUAUCGAGGUAGAUCGGUUGACAGGACUGUCAGGAGGACGAACAGUUUCCUUGAACCUGGUGAUCGACCUGACAGAUUCGACCGCCGCUCUCCUAGACGAAGCGUCAGCCUCUUCGAUGAUGAGGACAGACUUCUUCCGCCCUUACCAAGACAAGUGAUGACUCUUGGCAGGAAGUAUCGUGAACCUGCCAAGUCGAACGCUUCUGGAAUACGCUGGGAGAAUUUUCAUAAUUACAGAAACGACAAGAUUCAAGAGGAAUCAACGGACGAUGGUUUCAGUUUACCUAAGAUUAAGACAGAGGAUGUGGAUAGGGCGAUUGGCAAUAGUUCUAACUCUGAAUGCAAUUCGGUAUCGAUUUGCAAUUCUAAUACUAAUCUACUGGACACGGCAUCUAGUCUGUCGGCCAAAUCCAGUGAAACGUCACCCACGGAAUCUACGUCUAAUAUGUUGGAUUAUAAUUUGACUUAUAAAUCAGAUACUUCGAAAGACUUUGAGAAUAGACUGUUAGCUGCUGAAAAUCUGAUCAAGGAAUCAAAGCUUAAAAAUUUAACACCUGCCAGAUUGGAUGUUAACCUCAGCACUAGCUAUAAGGAUACUGACAAGUGUGACAAGGAAUCUCUUAGCUCAAUUUCUGAUAAUGCCACUGUUGGUAAGAGACGUAGCUGCAUUCCUAGUCUAAGACUGAGAUCAGGAUCUCUAACCAGAGAACCCGUGCUGUCUAAGGAUCGACGAAAGUCUUUUACUGGCUCUCAGGAUACCCUGGGCGUAAGAGCACCGACCCCAGAGCGAUCGAUUCUCAGUAAAUUUUUUAAACCAGGUGGCAGCAAGGAUGCAGAUGGUAAAGAUAAGUCCCAGAAGGGCAGUGGACAACGUAGAAUCUCAAGGUUCCUGAGACCUGACUUUUUCGAUACUCCCAGGGAGGAGAGUCAAUAUGUCAAAGAAAAGGAGGCGCAGAAGGCGGCGGAAAACGAGCGUAGGAAGUCCAGAUUCGUCAAGAAGAAACAUGAGAACAGGGAUUCGCAAUCGGAUAAGAGUAAUGACGAUAACAAACCAGUAAAGGAUCUGAAGAACGAAGUAAACUCUAUCACCAAGGAGAGAUCCGACACUUCUUCUAAAGAUGAUAAAUCUGAGAAAGACGUGAGUUCCAUAUCUGAAGAUUCGAAACCUAAAUUUGAACGGCAAACUUCUAGGAACAGUUUCUUACAUUCGUUAGAGAAAAAGCUGGAAAAGUUUAGAUCCCAUGACGACAGUACCAAGGCACCAGUCGCUGGCGCUUUGAUAGACCAAAAGAUACGAUCGCUACGUGAAAAUUCAGCACCGCCAUCUGAUUCUCUUUUAACGGAAUCUGGAUUGAUUAAGCGUGCUGUCAGUGUGGAGGAUUUAGCUCCCCAGGUUGAAGUUAGCAGCUCUACCUCAAAGGGCAAAGUAUCCUCUGUCUUAGGUCUCUUCAAAAAUAUUGAUACAAAGCAAGGUACCAGUGGUAUGAGACCGCAGAAUAUGAUUUUAAGUAAACUUAAGAAAAAUCCUUACAAGGGAUCCAAAUCUGAUACUUUAUUGAAUGACGAACCGUCGACAAGUAAAAUACCAACAAAGUUUAGUAAACCUGAACUAAAAUCGAGUAAGAAAUCAUUAUCAGAAUCUAAAAAAUCACCACCAAAGGAAAACGGAACCGACAAUGCUAAGAAAUCACCGGAAAGGGUCAAUACAAAUAUAAAAAAGCCAUCACCGGAAAAGGGAUCUGGUGAACAAUCAAAUAAGGAACCAUUUUCUGAUAAGAUGUCCAAAGCUAGGGUUGAAAACUUGGAUAAAGUUACAAAUAAUAAGGAUUGUACGACGGUAAAAUCAUCAGAUAAGAAAAAUGGGCCAGUGGAUACAAAUACUGAUAAGAAGAAUAGUUCUCUCGAGAAAAUUCUGACAGGUAAAAAUCCGUCAGAUAAAUCUAUAGAUAAUAAGCAGACUGAAAGUAAAGUAAAAGAGUUCGACGAUAAAAAGAGUGAUAAGCCCAAGAAAACGAGCCCUCUAAGUUCAUUCGCAAAGAAUGGAUCAGCCUCAAAGAUAGAAAAAGGUGAAGAGCCUGAAAAGAAAGUAAAGAAAGUAAUAAAGGUAAAAGAUGGAUCUGAAAAGGAAUCAGGAGACGGUACCAAGAAGAAGAAGAUCGUUCGUGUCGUCAAAAAGGUUGUUAAGAAAGCAUCUGACAGUUCAGACAGCAAAUCAGAAGCAAAGGAAAAGCCAACGAAAACGCUAAUCAAGAAAAUUACAUCUAGUAAAAAAGAAAAGAGUCCUAGUGACGUCAAGACUUCCAGUUCGAUUAAAGGAAAAGAGAAAAGUCCGGAUACGCAAACUUAUAACAAAGCAAAAGAAUCUAGUCCAAAGAAAAACACAUCUAUUUGUAAUUCGAAAUCAGACUCUAAACCAAAUAAAAAAUUAUCUCAAUCUAAUGCUGCUGAAAAUCCUCAGCAACCUGCUGAAGAUACAUCCAAUUCUAAGGAGAGUAAAAUUUCAUCUCUACCCGAACCCACUGAGAUCAUAGAGGUUUAUAAAACGCAAGCAGAUAAAGUUACUGAAAAUAAUCUUCAAAGUGGUACUGAUAAUACUGAUUCAAGUUGCUCUCAACCAAAGCCUUUAGAAUCGCGUUCAAAUAGAAAUAGUUUGAAGUUAGAUUUAUCUAAAAUACCACAACACAGCUUCAGAAGCAUACCGCCAUCAAAGCAGGACUUAGCGAAAGCUGAAGUGGAAAAUAUUGAAUCAGUUACCGGUGGCACUUUGCCAAAACUUUCACAGAUUGAUAAUAGUAAGACUGAAGACGAUGUGGCUAAAUUGAUACGAAAUCUGUCGAAGAUAACACAUCAUGCUAACAUUACUGGGAAUAAAAUUAUCAUUGAUAAACCCUUAUGUGCUAAGGACAUCGAAGAACUUCAGAAAGAAAGAAAUGACUAUUGCGAUACCAAAGAUAAUAGUUCUUCGAAACCCAAUGAUCAAAAUGCAUCGAGUCAUCUCAAUGAAUCUAGUCAAAUUCCAAAUGAAUUAAAUGAUAAACCAAAAGAAAUCUUGACUGAAACAACUACUGAACAGACAAAUACUAGUAAUACUAAGUCUAAUGAAAAUAAACAGGUAUCCAAAGAAGCCGAACCAGAAAUACAAUCUUCAAACACUCAAAAUGGUUCUAUUGCAACGUCCAAUGACAAUUUGUUGGAAGCUUUAAAUAAGAAGAAGCAAAAUCUGAAUCUUCCAGCUUUCAAUCCCAACCCAAUCCCACCUCCGAAGGAUAGUCCUAAUGAUUAUCCAGAAGAAUUAUUCUCACCAAUUGAAGACACAGAAAGCUUUGAUUCCUGGUCUAUCUGUUCUGCAGAUUUGAAUCACAAUCGGAGUGAGUUACAUUCACCCACUUCACCUACUUAUUCACCAUCUAUACGAAAUGAUCAGCCUGAAUCAAUAAUUGACAGAAUUCGCAGGAAAAGCUUUUACUCAAGAUUCAAUGACAGGAAACGAAAAACCUCGCUAACAGCACCGCCACCUGGUGUAACACUUCCUGCGAGCGCAACUCUACCAAGAAAAUUUAGCUUCAAUAGCCCAAGAGAAAAGGAUCACAGUAAACUGAGUAGCUACACAAGAACCUCUAAUAGAAGACAACCAGAAAGAACCUACAGCAUGUAUAACGAAGACAUACCUUCCCUCCGGAAGUCCCCUGUGGACCGUGACAGAUAUACAGAUCUUGGUGGAAUGUCAUCUUUGUCCGAUUUGAGAUCUCCUACAGAUCAUUAUGGGAAUCUGUCCUUAACGUAUGAUCCCCUCAGAAAAUAUAUGAGAUCGCCAACUUUUGAUUCUGUAAGUCCUCGCAGGAGAUACCGUAGUAAUGAUUUUAGUAUGGAUAGCGACUUAGGAUCUUAUAGAAGCCCAUUAUCCAGUUCCGCAAUUAAUGAUAGUCCACUAGAUAAUUAUACCACAAGAAGCAGCAAUGUCAUACCAAAGAAAUAUAGAUCUACUGUUACUAAUUUUGAGCCAAAGACAGCAGACUACUACGAGGAGCUCCUGGCACCAAGUAAUUCAGAGUAUUUAACGGCUCGCAAAUCACCAGUUACCAGUGACUACUUGACCAAAUAUGAAAAUGGAUACCAUAAUGGCAAUUUAAAUUUACCCCAGUAUAAGGUGGACAAGUGGAAGGCUUAUGCAGAUAAAAUGGCAGACGUGGACCUAACUGAUGAAAGUGGUGGAAGACUCGGGGACCAAACAAAAGGAAAGAGCCAACCCAUCAGUGAAUCAAGAGACCUGCCAUCAACGUCAUCUGAAGCACAAAGCAAUGCACCUACUGCGGAGUGAUGAGAACUCUAAAAUGUGACAUUAUGAAAAAACAUUUUUUUUUAUAAGGAUUGAUGAUAUGAUGCUAAAGUCACGAAUAGGUCGAUUUUGUUCCUUAGAGACCAGAGUGACCAUAUAUCAUUAAUAAUGAAACCAUGGUAAAAGAUAUUGUAUAUCACGAAGUUGACACAUUAUUGCACUAGAACAAAGCGAAGCAUCCAGUAGACAUUUAAUUCCAUUAACGUCAAAAAAGAAAUUAAGGAAUUAGAAUAGCCGAAGAUUUGAAGAUAUUAAUUGGCCAAGAUAAUGGCGUGCCACUGUGUGGACUUUUAUAAAAUUUUUGUCGACCUAUACACGUCCGGCGAGACGCCGAUUUUUAAACGAAAAGAUUUUCUGACGAACGAAUAAAAUCAACGAUCAUUAUUAUUCAUAAAUAUUGUUGAGCAGUGCAAAAACAUGACAACAAAAAGGACUGCCUAGGUAAUUAAAGCGCCAACGUGGGCUGAUACCAUAGCCUUUUUAUAUAAUCAAAACGAAUUAACAUUAAAACAUUUUUCUCGUUUUCUAUUUUUAUGCUAUGUUGUUUCCUUGCUAUCGCGAUGGAAUAAAUACUAAAGAGAAAACAGAGGAGACACAAAGAUGUAAAGAGACUUAAAGGUUGAAUUAAUGCAGGCCACCAAUAAUACGUAUAUCAGUUUAAAGUUUUCAGUGCCACAUUGUCAAUUGACCUCAUACUUGAAUUUCCUUGCUAACCCUGAACGCGUCAGUGGGUCAAUUUGUAUUUGCCAAGCUUGCUCGAUAUUCAUUAUGUUUGGCACCAUCACGUAUUUUGAGUGUUCAGGAUUUUCUUUUUAUAUCUUGGGAUAAAGCAUACAUAAGAAUGAGAUAUUUAUUUAAAUUAUUUAUGCUAUGUAGCAGUGUGUGCCUGACAAGUAGUAGUGUUUCUCUUUGUCUAUUUUCUUUUUUUCCAAACAUACUCUUUAAAUUCAUUGAAUGUCAACUUGACUCUGUUACUCGUUAUCCAUGUAUAUUCAAUUUAAUCGAUGACAGUUAUACUUUUGGGCUCCAAUGUUUAUAGAAAUAUAAAUUGACAAUUUGGCAGCUACUGCCAAUAAGGAUUAUACUAUUGAAAAUAUGUUGUAUGAAGAGGAGUAUCCCUCCUGUUAAAUCAACAGGAUCUUCUUAUCAAACUGUAUCAUUUUUUCUAUCUAUUUCUCUCAUGUAAAAGAUUGUUUCAACCAUUUUCUUAAGUUUUUUCGUUUUCGACAACAUUAACGAUGCUACAGAGUGUGCUUGAAAACUAUAACCAGGCCUAUACUUAAGUACAAGUAAAAAUACUGUGAUACGUUACAUUUAUAUGUGAACAGAGUGUUCCUGGUUCUCCAGGUAUAUGACAUUUUUUUAAAUUGAUAGACAAUUCUUAUCGUGGACUGGCAGCUAAUACAAAUGCGUUAAAAUAAACGCGGUAUGAUAAGUCGAGGCGAAGAAAAAUGUGGUUCUCUAGAAAAUAGAGGGAAGAAAAAAAUACAAGAUAACUUUAUAUGUAGAAUUCCUUACUGAAUAAUGAGAUGAGUUGAGCCUCGAGAAUACAUUGAUUUUUUAUGUAUUAAAAUAUGAGCUUCAAGGCGGACUCUGUAGCAUCUGAAAAUGAAAAAAAGUGAAAACGAAAGAAGCUUUAGUUCCUUGUAACAAUAUUGCCUUGUAGUUAUGUAAAUGAUUUCUGGUCGGGUCAGUCGGAGAUGCAAUCAGAAAGUAUAAUGUUAAAUGUUUUUCAAUCUCUCACUGACCUGUCCACAGUCUUCCGCAUGUUAUGUAUGUGUUUUCUAUUGAUAUACAUAUUUUAAAAUAAACUGCAGAGUUCGCAAUUGCUAA